CGGUAUAUUGCAAGCUAGCUGCAAGUGUGAGAGCGCGUGGAACCGUGGAACCGUCACGGGCGCGCGAGCGUCAUAUAAAUCCACGGCUAUCCGUUGCCACGGCGAGCUGGCAGUACGUCGUAUCUGAGCAAGGCGUGCAAAGUAAUUUUCCAGACCGCCAAGCGGACAAGGACGCGUUUUCCAUCUCUCAGCAUGGGGAACCUUGCACUCCCCACCAGUCUUUUCAGGACUGAUGCAACCACGUCUGAACCAGACAACUCAGGGAAGUUUGUAGCCAGGAGAAUCUGCAAUGGUAUCAUUUAUUACUACACUCCAAUGACAGCAGCUGAGCACCAGACAGUAACCCUUGCCAAAGACUCUCAGGCCACAUCAACUCUGUUCCCCGUCUCCUCUCCAGUGUCUUUAGAAACGCCUUCCCACACAGCUGAUUCCUCCCCGAUGCAGUCAGAUGCUGCUUCCAAUUCUCGUCCUCUUCUCCUAUUCUUCUCCUGGCUCUGUGCCCAACCUGGGGCCGUAGCAAAGUACAGGGAGCUCUACCUUGACCGUGAUAUGGAUGUUCUCCUGAUCCAGAGCAGCGUAAUGCACUUCCUGUGGCCUCGAUGGGGCCUCAACUACGGGUUGGAGAUUUUGAAUAUUUUAGAGGAGCCUCCUUUCACAGGAAGGCUCAUACUGGUGCAUGCUUCUUCCAUUGGUGGCUAUACUUUCACGCAGCUGCUCACUCACAUUGCUCAGCAACCAACACAACACACUCCUCUGGCGCAUAGAGUUAUAGGGCAUAUUUAUGACAGUCUAGUGGUCGGCUCUCUGGAUCACAUGGCAACAGGGCUUGGGAAGACCUUGGUGCCACGUUUAGAGGGAUUCAUCAAAACCACCGCCAUGCUCUACUUCAGGCUCUUCAAGUCGUACACUGCAGACUUGUACGAGAACAGCAUCCAGGUUUUCUACAACAACCCGGUUACUUCUCCAGCCCUCUUCUUCUUUAGCGAAAACGAUGCAAUGUGCAGCACUGCUGUCCUGGAAAAGCUGAUGGACUCCUGGAGGCGGAGGGGAGUUUCUGUGGACGGCAGGAAGUGGAAGAAGUCAACACAUGCCGCCCACCUGCGAUGCCACCCAGAAGAGUACGUUUCCACCUUGCAGCAGUUUCUGAACUCCCUGUCAGUUCCUUCCCAUAAGUCUAACAUUUAAACUGUGUGGCAAGUUGUAAGUUUCAAAUAUUUUCACUUAUUUCCACAACAUGCACUGCUAGUUCAAAGAGAAUGCACUUUUAACUAUUUUCAUAUUAUACCUCUGAUUUUCUUUAAAAAUGUAACUGUAAAAUAUUUUCUUCACCUUUAAGCCAUCUUUACUUUUGUCAUUGUAAUUGAGGUUACAUUUGAAGUAUUUAUGAAUGUACUGUAACACUUGUUUGUCUUGCACAGUAACUAUUUUAUUUGUUGAUAAAAAUCCAUACUGCACAAAUUAAAAAAGAGUUUGGAAACUAUAUGUGAGCUUCACAUGUGCAAAUAUUUAUUUUUUUCAUUAUUUCAGACAGAAAAUAGCCAUGCAUCUUCACUUUCCUUUAUGACCGUUUAGGUUACUGUGGUGAACAGAUUUCAUUAUUUUAAACCUGUCGGUAUAACCAGCGAGUAAUCUGAAUUAAUGCAAGAGGUAGAGGAGGGUUGGCUGGAGGCCAUUGGUGCAACCAAUGACGGGAGACUAAAGGGGUUUUGUUCCAGUUUACUGAAGUGAGUCCAUUUGGGCGGAGCUUAUAUCAACCAGUGAUAAAAUAGGUCAGAAAUGCAGUGACCAGAUGUUCAGAAUAUCUGUCCAUUAGGAUGAGUGUCGAGAUUAUGGUCUUUUGUUCAAUGUCAAAUGCUUCACUGAGCACAGAUUCAUAAAAUGCACUUCUUUUUUGAGGGAAGAGAAAAGCACACAAAGCACUUUUACACUGAAAAAAAAGUGUCGCAAUUAAUUGCAUCUGAAGAUUAUACAUUUUACUGUUUAGUUGCUUUGGUUUUUUAGGCUCAUUUUGAAGCAUUUAAAACAUGUUUGCAAGUUUGUAAGACCCUCGGAUUCUGCAGACGACGUCACAAUGUCCUAACGCCCCACUCAGCAGUGGCGUGCUUCUUGUUUGAGCAUUCUAGUUGUUGCUAAUAAAUUAUCUUUUCUAAAAAAUGUAACUCAUUAAAAUAUUUUUUUCCUCUCUCAUUAUUAACAUCGUAGCCCAAAUCUCUAGCGACGUCUGGAAGCAUGUUUAUGAUUUAACCAGCACUCAGCAUGAUAUCAUUUAUCUUUACCUGUUGUCCUACUACUGUAUUAACUGAAUCUGCAAGCUUUCACACAAAGAAGCAUGACCGGUUUAUGUUUAUGUACUACAUUAAUAAGUAAAGGUCAGUUUUGAGGAACAAGCCAGAUGCUACAGUCGCCUCUGCUGGACAUGAAGCCACAUGUUGGAUUUAGCAUCAGAUAGUGGAUGCACUUAGUGAUGUGAAUGACCUACUUUGGUAAGAGAGACUCAGUGAACAGCUAUAUCUCAACUUCAAAGAGGUUAUUUAUUCCUAUGGAAAACCUUUUGAUGUUUAGCCUCUUUACUGGCAGGAGGUCACCAGUGUCUGAAAAAUAGUUUUUAAUUGCUCCAGACAACAAAUAUAAACUUUUAUUCUCUCAUUAAAAAAAUAUAAACAAAAAUAUGUCAUAGUUCAGGAAAAUGUUAGGAUAUCCUGCCCCCUAGUGUUAGUUUAAGAAAGUCUCCCCACUGUUGACAUUUAGCUGUAAGACGCUUAUUGGAGUUUAUUGCAUAUACAGCAUUUUUUACAUAUUAUUUCAGCUAGGUUUAAGUCCCUGCUUUGACUGGAAACAGGAUUUGAAAUGUCCUUUUUACACAGCUUGUCCUUGGACAAGCCUGUCCAAGCCCUGUGACUGUCCUGUCACAGGGCCCAGUUCUGCUAAAAAAAAAAUAAAAAAAAAUGCUUUUUUUCCAGACGCUCUCACAUUUUACAGUUUGAAAUUCUCUUUCUGCUAGGCUGUAUUUGGUUUAUGUAAAUUGUAAGUAAUUUAUUUUUCAAUUCAUCAGCGCAAAGAACAUUAUUCCAGAAGUUGAUUUUUAUUGUUCACAUUCUCUCUGGCAAACUUCAUUCUGGUCUUCGUGCCAUAGAGAGGUUAAGAUGCAUGGAGCCCUUGAAUAUGACAGCAGUGUAAAUGCCAAUGUCUCUGUGAUCAACACGGUUACUCAUGGAAUGCAUGGUAAUUUACCGUGACUUUACUUUCAUCAGUCACAGGUUAUUUAUUCAGCUUUUGAUGUUUUAAGUGUCUAUGAUAGUUGUUAGAAAUCUCUGUACUGUAAUGAAAUCAAAUAGACAAUAAAGUCAUGCUGCAAAAGCCUCAUAA